CCCGCCCCCACCAUGUUCCCACUAUUCGCCUUUCCGCACCCGCCGCUCGGUCGCCUUCGAGUUCCACCAGCCACCAAACCCGCCGGGGAGAAGUCGAGAGGAGCAAGUCGCCGAGAAGAGGAGAUGGCCCGUACGAAGCAGACCGCCCGCAAGUCCACCGGAGGGAAGGCCCCUCGCAAGCAGCUCGCCACCAAGGCGGCGAGGAAGUCGGCGCCGACGACCGGCGGCGUGAAGAAGCCCCACCGCUACAGGCCCGGGACCGUGGCGCUCCGCGAGAUCCGCAAGUACCAGAAGAGCACGGAGCUCCUGAUCCGCAAGCUCCCCUUCCAGCGCCUGGUCCGCGAGAUCGCGCAGGACUUCAAGACGGACCUCCGGUUCCAGAGCCACGCCGUGCUGGCGCUCCAGGAGGCCGCCGAGGCUUACCUCGUCGGGCUCUUCGAGGACACCAACCUCUGCGCCAUCCACGCCAAGCGCGUCACCAUCAUGCCCAAGGACAUCCAGCUAGCCCGCCGCAUCCGCGGCGAGCGCGCGUAAGCCGCAGCCGCCGCUGCCGUACUGGUAGUGGAGAUGUAGGAGGUCAAGAUGGAAUCGGCUUGUUGAUCUCCUCCGCCGCGCUUAGUGGGUCUGGAUUUAGCUGUACUAGUUUUCGUUAUCGGUUUGGUUAGUGUAAAAACAGGUUUACAAGUCUAUUUUGUGCUUCGCUGCUAUUUUGGCUCUCGCUUCGUGAUGAAGCGACCUUGUUAAAGACUUAAUUCGUGAUGUUACUUGAAGUAAAAUUACAUUGUUCUUAA